ACAGGGAAGGAGACUGUGAGCACAAAGAUACACUUGUACUGAUUCUGAGCACUGUAGAUCUACCAGAAAACAGACACAAUGAACAGUACAGCACUUAUCCUGCUUCUUGUACUGCUGAUGUCUUCAACUCUACUUCAAGGAGUUUCAAUUGUGGGGCACAGUGAGAAAUGUCUUUGUAGUGGAACUGGUAUUUCACACUUCAAAUUAAGCCACAUUAAGAAGCUGGAUGUAUACCCCAAAACUCCCAGAUGUGCCAAGGUGGAACUUCUUGCUACAUUUUUAAAUGGGAUACGCACAUGUUUAAAUCCCAAAUCACCGUGGGUCAAGAAAUUCAUGGGAAAUGUAUUGAAAAAAAGGUUUGGAUAAAAGAAAGGGGCUACCCCACAACGCACACACCUUUUCAUCUUCACAUCAACUUUGCUUUCCAAUGAUAUUAAAAAAAGCGUUUUUUUUAUUAAGAUUGUAAAAAAAAAUUAUUAUCAAAAAAAAAACCUCAAACACUUUAUUAAAGAAAUCACUGUGAAUGUAUUGUAUAGGGACUACUUUAUGAGGCAGACGUUAUACCACCUGCAGUGUGCACAGUAUGUAUCUGUUUAUUAUGCUAUGUGUUUUUAAUCUUAUUGGAAAUGUUUAAUGAUGUCACCAUCAUUUUUUACCCUUGGGAUUGUCUCAUGAAACAAAUAUAUUGCGAGUGAUUGAUCAGCAUUAAAAAUGUUAACAUAAGUACUGUUGGUAGGUAUUUUUCAAAAUUAAAACAAGAUUUUUAAUAGUUAUAGUCUAUAUUAAAUAGAUAAAGAUGUAAAGAUGAUCUUUUCUCAGAGUGCAAAUGCCAGAUCACCUCUGUUGAUGUUUACUUCUGCGACAGCCUACACAGGAACAUGUGGUGCAGCAAGUCUUUCUUCCUGCUGCUACCAAUGGCCAACUCAGAUAUCUGAGUGGAACUAGUGUGCCAUCAGUGGGGUUCUUAAUGAUUUGCAAUCUCCGAACACUUUGAAGAAAUUACACUUGCUCAAGCUUAAUCAGAGACUGCCUAAAGGAGAAAAUCCCUAAUACAAUGUUGAAACAGAUAAUAAAUGGA